UUCGCUGCGUACAGGCUGCACCUGGGAACUAGUGGAACCUGACCUGACCAAGCGCUCUACAUAGAUCACUCCUGUGUGACUCUCUCUCUGAAGGACUCUGCGGGAUUCGAGAGCCGGUUGUUGUUCGAGGUGCCAAAUAGUUUGUGGUUCUGUUGGGAAGUUGUGUGCGAUAAGAAGAGAGCGAGUUCUGGUGGCUCUAGUUGACGUAGAGCGUAGAUCCUGCGCAGUGCCCAAAGUGUCCGAAGACCCCCCAACCGAGUGCCAAGUGUACCCAAUUCCUUGUAGAGUGACGCAGUGCGAACAGUCAGAAUGAAGUAUAGCAUAGUGUUCGUGAUCGCCCUCUUCGGAGCUGCUGUGGCCCAGGAGAGCUUCAAGUGUCCGGAUGACUUCGGUUUCUACCCGCAUCAGAGCUCCUGCGACAAGUACUGGAAGUGCGACAACAACGUGUCCGAGCUGAAGACCUGCGGCAAUGGUUUGGCCUUCGACGCGUCAGACUCCAAGUACCUGACGGAGAACUGCGACUACCUGCACAACGUGGACUGUGGCGACCGCACCCAGCUAGAACCUCCGAUCUCCACGUCCCACUGCGAGCGUCUGUACGGUAUCUUCCCGGAUGCGGGCAAGUGUGACGUCUUCUGGAACUGCUGGAACGGUGAGGCCUCGCGCUACCAGUGCUCGCCCGGACUGGCCUACGAUCGUGAUGCGCGUGUGUGCAUGUGGGCCGAUCAGGUGCCGGAGUGCAGAAACGAAGAGGUAGCCAACGGAUUCUCCUGCCCCGCUGCCGGUGAGAUCGCCAACGCUGGGUCGUUCUCGCGACAUGCCCAUCUGGAGGAUUGCCGCAAGUACUACAUCUGCCUGGAGGGAGUCGCCCGCGAGUACGGCUGCCCGAUCGGAACGGUCUUCAAGAUUGGCGAAGCUGACGGUACCGGCAACUGCGAGGACCCGGAGGACGUUCCCGGAUGCGAAGAUUACUACGGUGAUUUGGACUUGAAGAGCAUCCGCAAGGGUGAGCUCCUUGCCGGUCUGGCCGGCCAGUCCGGUGGUGCGCCCACUCCCACCAAAGCUAACGUUAAGUCCAACCGUCCGGCACCGUCCAAGGACAGUAACUAGAGGAUGCGCGAGCGGGGAUAGACCGUCACAAGAGCCCGCGGGGGGCGGGAAGGGAACGCUAGAGAUAUACAGCAUACCGAUAGGAAUCCACACAAACACACAGAAAAAGGACGAGUGAACGACGAGUGGCAGGAACCAACGUUACAAACUGACAGCAACCGUGAGAUGCAGAGAGAGAACGAGAUAGAUCAAAAGAUAAAUAGAAAGCAAAAGAGAGAGGGAGUGAGCGAUAAGGGAGAACAACAGCGAAGGGUGGCGAUGCGAAGCGGAGAGUAGUUCGCGCUGAAGAAGGGCCAAGAAAAUACUUUUAAAAUUGCUACUUUACAACCAUCGUCGAGGUCCGGGACGUGGCGAGACCCCGGGGCGGGCAGGCAGGAGGAAAAAUCAAACAAAUAGCCCUCAGAAUACGCGCCUUCCGGCACACAGGAGUAGCCGACGCCUAAUCAAUGGUCCGCCCGGCCCGACCCGGCCACCUCCCGGGAGCCGGAGAUUGACGUCUACGACCGGGUUGGCUAACGGGUUGGGUCGGGAUCCCUUACGAUAAGGGACGCCUUGUGCGGGAGUGCGGGAGGAAUGCGUUAUUGGCUUACGCGAACGUAUCACUUCUUUCUUCUGAGGCCCCAGGCCGCCCCUCACUUCAGCCACCCACCCAGCCAGCCAACGGCAUCGGAGCACAGGAUUCUAAACGAACCCUUUAAGUGAUAAGCAUUCAGCAAGUGGAGCUGUAAACCGUCCGGCCGCAAGGCAUCCUUUGCCCGUCUGAGCCACCUACUCUGAUUACAUCCCCCCCACCGACCUCGUACCUCCACACCAGCCCCGCACGGAGCCAUUACAAUCGACAUGAGGGGGGUUGUUCUGUGCGCUGUUCGUCCGCGAAACUCACACUCACAGCCAAACUCAAGCCGUACGCUGAGUAUGGCUCGUGGUACCGUGUGCCGUGUGUUUGUACGUGCGCCUAGUGUCCUCUGCGGGACAGCGCAGGACACCCCCCGUAAUCCGCCCAACCGCCCGCCAGAUUGACGAUGUCUCAUUUUAACUUAUUUAUUGCGAAGCUCGUACUCUGUACCACCGCGCGGGGGUUGAUUUCCGCUGUCGGCCCUUUGCCUUCUCCCGAAACCCCCGCCUAAUAAUUAGGCGAUGUCCCUUUCCUUGCCCCCGCCAGCAGAAGAAUACUCAACUAAGUUUUGGUAGAGCCCGGAACUCAGUCGGACCCCCUAGCUGGUGAAAGGUCCUUGGAACUUGGAAUUGGAAAACUCGCGACUACGACGACGACGACGCCACGCCACAGAACAGUUUUGUUUUCAUCAACAGUUUUGCUACAGUAGUCUGAUUAGUAGGUUUACGAAACUGCGACUAGACCAGAGAGAUAAAGAGAGAGACACGUAAAGAGAGGAACAGUGAGAGAGAACGGGGGCCACUCGGCCACAGCCGGAGAGACCC